AUGGCAGAAAUUUUUCAACCAUUUUUUAAGUGGAAUAAUGAUAUUCCAGAUUUUCUUGUAAAACUUAGAUUAUACUUUCAAAAUCAAGGUGUAAAUUCAGCAGAUAAUGCAGGCACUCUACUAACUGGAAGAGAAGUAGCAAUAGAGUAUUUAAAAGGAUGUAUGAGUGGAAGAAUCCUAGAAUUGUUCAAUAAGAAGAUUACUACAAAGACAAAUUGUGAAUUAACUAACCUAACUAAUGGUACAGGACAAGGCAAUUUGGUUGCAGUAAAUAGAUGUAUAGCUCUUCAGAUAGGUGCUGAUGGAUUAAAUGAGACAGCUGAACAACCUGGAAAUGCAAUAGUCAAAUUAAGAGUUACUGGUAUAUGA